AUGAGUGAACAACACAUCUAAGAAGAAGAGCUCACUCAACCUUAGAUCUUCAAUUUGAUCGCUUGUGAGAAGAUUAAUUCACCCCAUCUCUAGUCUGAGUGCGACGAGAAGGAGUUUUAUGACUACUUGGUCAUGCUUUACACCUAUUUCAUCGAUAAUUGGAAGGGUUUUUCAUAAUAAGACGAUGAAGAUUUGAUUUAAUCUUUUAAUUAAUUUAACAACACAACCAAUAAUGUAAAAAACAUUAUCAAAGCUUUCAUCAAAUACAUGACCAGCACUAACAGCGAUGGACUGGUGUUGGAAUGCAUCGACACUCUCAGCAAGAGCAGCUUCGACAUAAUCAAGUAGUUCAAGAGAUUCUGCGAUCGCCAUUAGGUGAAUAAUAAUUACUUGUAAAGGAUCAUCAAAAAUGAAAGGUAUGGUAAGCAAUUCCAGUAUUUCUUGCAAAUCUAUGCAAUUGAAUGGCUUUACAAAAGUAGAGUUAAAGACAAAGUUAUUCAUCUCCUCGUCAUCCUUUUCCUGAGUCGCUGCUUCACAAACCAUGACUUACUCAAUAAUGUGGCUUUCUAUAAAAAGCUCCAUAUAGCAAAAAUUCCCAAAUCUCAGCCCGCUGAUUCUAUAAAGGAGGAAGAGAGAGAGUGA